GGGGCGUGGCGGGGCCCGCCGACUGUGUCAAUAAGCACGGCAACCCACUGACCGUCUUUUCCAGUGGCGUGCUCCGCGCGCGUCACCGCGUUGGUUGACCCCUUCUUUACCUAGACGCCAAGUCAGUGAGUGUGUGUGUGUGUUAGUGCUGCCGCCCCAUGUUCUCUGAGGAUACCACCAUGACCAACCACAAGACCUCCGUGACCAUCACCAUGGACAACAACAAGAACCACAACAACAACAAUAACAACAACAGCAAGAAGAACGGCAAGCGCAAAGGAUCAUGGGACUCCAAGGUAAAAAUGGUGGGGCGCCGGUCGGAGACGCCGUCGUCGAUCUUGUCGUCGGACAGCGACAUCCGCUUCACCCGAAAAGUGAGCGGCCAGUACCGGUGCGGCUGCUGCGUCCUGGCCGCCUUCAUCACCUUCCUGCUCGUCGUCUCCAUCGGCGUCUACCUGGGCUACACAUUUUUAUCGGUGGACCCCGGCGAGGACCGCAUCUUCCGCGGCUCCUUCAGGGUGUCGCGCGGAGACAGCUUCUCGCCGCCGCUGGCCGACCCCAGCACGCUGCAGUUCAGGGAGCGGUCGCGGAACUACCGCGAGCGGCUCAACGUGCUCUUCAGGCGGUCGCCGGUGCGGACGGGCUUCGUGGGCACGGAAGUCCUCGCCCUGGACGGUGUGGAGGGCGAGGACCUGGUGGUGCACUUCAACCUCCGCUUCGACGCGCGGUACGGCGCGGACGUGGCCGUGUCCGACCUGCUGCGCAUCAUGCACACCGUCACCAUCAACGCCACGGCGGCGCCCAUCCUGGACGGGCUGCAGGUGGACCCUACCUCGCUGCUGUUCCGCGAGGAGGGCGACCCGCCGGGCGCGUUCCGGGCGUCCACCACGCCGGCGACCACCACGACCACGACGGAGCCGCCGCCGCCGCGCCGCUGCGCCCCCGUGGGCCUGGACUACUGCCGGCGCGGCCUGCCCUACAACGCCACGUCCUACCCCAACGUCCUGGGCCACAAGGACCUGGCGGCGCUGCGCGAGGACGUGAUCGCCUUCCGGGAGCUGGUGGACGCCGAGUGCCACCGCCUGGCGUUCGAGUUCGUGUGCCGCGCGCUGCAGCCCGAGUGCGUGGCGCGCGCCAGCAAGGCGGGCGUGGUGCGCGGCACGGCCCGGCAGGCCGUCCAGGACGCCGUCGAAGAGGAUGCCAUGGUGCCGCCGUGCCGCAGCUUCUGCAAGGACUUCAUGGCGGGCUGCGGGUCCAGGGUGCCGCAGCGCUUCCGCGAGGCGUUGCAGUGUACGCGCUUCCCGGAGUACGCGGGGCCGGGGUCGUGCGCCGACAGGCCCGGCGUCGUCGCCGAGGUGACGGACGCCGCCACGCCCGCCGUGACGGCCGCCACCACCCCGCGCGCGGCGGCCACCCCGUCGGGCACGGCGUCGGGGCCGGCGUGCGUGGAGGUGCUCCGGGCCGGCCCCCACGCCGCCAGGGUGUGCGACGGCGUCCCCGACUGCGCCGACAUGGCCGACGAGCUGGACUGCGGCUACUGCCCCCGCGGCGCCAUGCACUGCGGCCUGGGCGCCCACAAGCACUGCGUCCACCCGCACCAGCGCUGCGACGCCAAGCAAGACUGCCCCGGCGGCGCCGACGAGAAGCACUGCCUGUCCGUGGCCCCGCGGCUGGGCGCGCUGGGCGCGCAGGGCCGCCACCUGUCCCCCGUGCGCUACCACGCCGAGGGCUACGUCGUGUUCAACGAGAAGGGCGAGACGGGCAAGCUGUGCACGGAGAACCUCAACGCCACCGUGCCCGCGCCCAACCGGGAGGCCACCCUCAGCACCAUCGCCACGUCGCUGUGCGCCGCGCUGUCCUACCAGAAGGUGGAGACGGUGCGCGUGCAGCUGGACGAGGAGCGCACGGAGCGCUACGUGCUGAUGGAGGACCCCACCGCCACCGAGAUCACCUUCGUGCCGGCGCCCUGCCCCCGCAGGGAGGUGCUGUACGUGGCGUGCUCGCAGAUCGAGUGCGGCGUGAGGGCGGCGGCGCCCUCGGCGUCUCGCCUGGCGGCGUCGGGCGACUGGCCGUGGCACGCGGCGCUCUUCAAGGACGGCGCGCACGUCUGCGACGCCACUCUCCUGUCCGCGCAGUGGCUGCUCACCACCAGCUCCUGUUUCCAAGGGUCGGGCGACGCGGGCGAUGCCAGCGAGUGGGCGGUGCGCGUCGGCGCGGUGCGGCUGUCGUCGCGGUCGCCGUGGCAGCAGGAGCGCGCCGCGCUGGUGCACCGCCGCCUCGAGUCCCCCGUGGAGGGCAGCAUGCUGACGCUGCUGCGGGUGUCCGAGCCCUUCGUGCUGUCGGACGCCGUGAGGCCCAUCUGCCUGCCCGACGCCGCGGCGCCGCAGCCGGGCGCGCAGUGCACGGCGCUGGGCUGGGGCGGCAAGGCCGCCAAGCGCGAGGCGCUGCGGAGGGUGGACGUCCGCGUCACCAACAAGGAGCGGUGCGAGAACGUCACCAUCCCCUCCACCAACGCGCUGUGCGCCGACAAGCACAACGACGACUGCGAGGCCGAGGAGCUGGCCGGCAGCCCGCUGGUGUGCCUCCACGGCCGCAGCUGGACCCUGGCCGGCGUCAGCAGCUGGCGGGUGGCGUGCAGCAAGACGCCCAGCGCCGAGCGGCCGCGCAUGUACGACAAGGUGUCCUCCAACCUGGAGUGGAUCCGGAGGGCGAUGCGCGAGGCCGGCGAAGAGGCGCCCACGCCGUCGCGGCCGCACUAGGACCGCCACCGGGACCGUCGGGGACCCCUCAUCGAAGACUUGUUUGAGGAAAACAACGAAACUUUUUGUGUGAGUGUGAGUGCGUGCGUGCGAGAGCCCCGAGGAGGUUCCUCCUUCUUCAUUUCCUUCCCCACGGAACAUUGAGUCCACCGUGUCAAAAAUGUUGGAAUCUCCCUUGGGAUGGGAGCGACGCGUCUUUACCAAAUAACAAGAAGGCGGUGUUUGCGGCGCAGCUGUGCAAUCAAGAACCUGGUGCGGAGCAAGCAGCAGCAGGGGAAGACCUUCUUCUUCCUUCUUUGCUGCCCUCGCAGUUCCCGUCAGCAGUUGAGACAGGUCCUCUCUCGGGACAACGACUUUGAACUUUGAACCCCACCCCGCCGAGCUCGCUGCUGUCUGUGGCGGGUCUGCCAAAACAAAGCCAAUGUAGUUUAUUAAUUUAUUUUUUUUUUGUAUUAAGACUCAGUCUUUACUUGUUAAGGUGUGACACCAUUUUUUGCUCAUGGACAUGUUCUUUAUUGUAUGUUCUUAACUUUGUGAUACGCACGUCCGUCGCUAUUUUUUUUCUAACUCUCUAACUUAAGUUUACCAAGUAAGAAUAUGUAAAUAGUAAUGUCUAGGCUAUGAUGUUCUGUAAUGUGUCUUACUGACCCUUGAUGUAGUGUAGGGAAUUAAUUUUCACUUCAUGGCUAUUUUGAUCGGAUAUCGGAUCGCCAUUGGGUGCACUGCCGAGACGAUGUCUGUUUUGGUGAGGUAAAAACAAAAAUAGUGUCAAGACUGAGAGAAAACGAAAAAAUGAUGAGGUAGUGUAACUUAUGUUGUACAUUGUACAUAGUGUAGAGACUGCAAGGUCCCCGGGCGCGGUGAUGGGAGUGCACCGGCCUCGUGACUUGACUUCCCUUCUGUGGUGCACCCCUGUCCCGCGCCUCCGGGACUCAACCCUGUAAAUAACGUCCUGUAAGAAUACAUUUUUUUAGAGUGUCGA